AUGGAAUAUUCAAGAGCCCAAUACAUAGAGUCACAACAAAGCAAAGAUGAGGGUAUUUGUGGGCCCAUGAGGUAUCCAAUGAGGAAAGGAACAGGUCAGGGGGUUAAUUUCUACAAGGCUCCUAGUUUAGGGGGUAAAGCAACUGAAAAUCCUAAAAGUAAUUCUGAUAGGACAUCCGAAAUGGUGCUAGCUCUUAUUUUAACGCCUUAUGAGAUGGUAACCCCAAAGGUCGAUCCUGAUACGAUAAAUGAUAAUGAUGAAGAUGUCAACAUGAACGACGAUGAUAUUGACUAUGAUGCUGAAUGGCCAGCUCUAGAAGAAAUGAUCGGUGAUGAUGAUCAUCUUACAGAUAUAGGUGAAGAUCUUUAUAUGAAAACUGGAGAAAUCUCCCUUGAAAAAGGCUCUAAACCCAAAAUCCACCUCCAACAAAAACACAUUUUACAACUCCCAACUGCUCGACAUACACAAUAA